CGAGCGGGGCCCGCCAUGGCCCUCAUCUGCUCCAUCUCCAACGAGGUCCCCGAGCACCCGUGCGUGUCGCCGGUCAACCACGUGUACGAGCGGCGGCUGAUCGAGAAGUACAUCGCCGAGAACGGCACCGACCCCGUCAACAACCAGCCGUUAUCCGAGGAGCAGCUCAUUGACAUCAAAGUUGCCCACCCCAUCCGGCCCAAGCCACCAUCAGCCACCAGCAUCCCGGCCAUCCUAAAGGCGCUGCAGGAUGAGUGGGAUGCCGUCAUGCUGCACAGCUUCACGCUGCGCCAGCAGCUGCAGACCACACGCCAGGAGCUGUCCCAUGCGCUGUACCAGCAUGAUGCUGCCUGCCGUGUCAUCGCACGGCUCACCAAGGAGGUCACUGCUGCCAGGGAAGCUCUGGCCACGCUGAAACCACAGGCUGGCCUCAUCGUGCCGCAGGCAGUGCCAUCCUCACAGCCCAACGUGGCGGGAGCUGGGGAGUCCAUGGACCUGGGUGAGCUUGCAGGCAUGACUCCUGAGAUUAUCCAGAAACUUCAAGACAAGGCCACUGUGCUGACCACGGAGCGCAAGAAGAGAGGCAAGACAGUGCCAGAGGAGCUGGUGAAGCCAGAGGAGCUCAGCAAGUACCGGCAGGUUGCCUCACACGUGGGGUUGCACAGUGCCAGCAUCCCGGGGAUCCUGGCCUUGGAUCUCUGUCCUUCCGACACCAACAAGAUCCUCACCGGUGGGGCUGAUAAAAAUGUCAUCGUCUUUGACAAGAGCUCGGAGCAGAUCCUGGCAACGCUCAAAGGCCACUCCAAGAAGGUCACCAGUGUCGUGUUCCACCCCUCACAGGAUUUGGUGUUCUCAGCUUCUCCUGAUGCCACCAUUCGGAUCUGGUCUGUGCCCAACGCUUCCUGUGUGCAGGUUGUCCGUGCCCACGAGGGCUCUGUGACAGGGCUCAGCCUGCAUGCCACGGGUGAUUACCUUCUGAGCUCUUCUGAUGAUCAGUACUGGGCCUUCUCGGACAUCCAGACAGGCCGUGUUCUCACCAAGGUGACAGAUGAGAGCUCUGGUUGUGCUCUCACCUGUGCCCAGUUCCACCCAGAUGGGCUCAUUUUUGGAACGGGAACAAUGGAUUCUCAGAUCAAGAUCUGGGAUCUGAAGGAACGCACCAACGUGGCCAACUUCCCAGGGCACUCUGGCCCCAUCACCAGCAUUGCCUUCUCUGAGAACGGCUACUACCUCGCAACGGCUGCGGACGACUCCUCCGUCAAGCUCUGGGACUUGCGUAAACUGAAGAACUUCAAGACGUUGCAGCUGGACAAUAACUUCGAGGUGAAGUCUCUCAUCUUCGACCAGAGCGGCACCUACCUAGCACUGGGCGGCACAGAUGUGCAGAUCUACAUCUGCAAGCAGUGGACAGAAAUCCUCCACUUCACCGAGCACAGUGGCCUCACCACAGGGGUGGCUUUUGGCCACCACGCCAAGUUCAUCGCCUCGACGGGCAUGGACCGCAGCCUGAAGUUCUACAGCCUGUAGUGUGGGGCUGGCAACGCUCACUGCAGCGCUGGGGUUUGGGGUGGGAGGGGGGGUUUCCUUUCUCCUUUAGGUUUCCUCAUUGUAACAUUUGGCAGAGGCGGGUGUUAGUUGGAUGUCGCCCUCCCCGUGCUCCAUGGAUUUGUUGUUUUUAGUUUUCCAGUUUCGUGUUGGUCUUUCUGGCUUUAGACUCCCUUCUGUGGCUGUCAGUGAUGCACUGAGAGGCUCCGACCCAUACCCCGGUGGAUAGUUGUGACGGAGGGAUGUGGGGCAGGGGGGGCUGUGCAGUUUUGUAAGCAGUUAUGUAGUUUCAGUGCAUCAAUAAAGAACUAUUGACCAUAA